AUGCCGAAGGCCGAAGCAGGAUCCGUCAAAGCGAUCGGGAAUCGCAUGAAGAUGAAGGGACUCGGCAGAUUAAGAUGGUAUUGUCAAAUCUGCGAAAAGCAAACGCGCGAAGCAAACAGUUUCAAGCAACAUCUACUCAGCGAAGCCCACGUCCGCCGAAUGGCAAUAGUCGGAGAAGACCCAAAGAAAUACAUAAAGCAAUACACCGACGAAUUCGUGAAAACAUUCGUCGACGGUCUCCGAACCCGCCACGGAGAAAAAGCAAUCAACAUAAAUCACUUUUAUCAGGAAAUCGUCGCAGACAAAGAACACAUCCACAUGAACGCAACGGAGUUCUCAUCCCUCAACCAAUUUGCGCAAUAUCUAGGCAAAAAUGGAAUUUGUCGCGUCGAAGAAACAGAGAAGGGAAUCUUUGUUUCGUGGGUUGAUAAUUCGCCUGAGACUAUGCGAAAGAGGGAAGCUGUUCAGAAGAAGGAAAGGGAGGAGAAAAAUGAUGAACAAAGAGAACAGAAGAUGAUUUUGGAGCAGGUUGAGCGUGCGAGGAAAGCUGCGUUGGAGAGGGAGGGUAAGCAAGAUGAGGACGCUGAUGCGAAGUUACUUCAGCGGGAGGAGGGUGAGAAGAUGAAAUUGAAUCUUGGGUUAGGGCCGAAGAAGGAUUCGAAGAAGGAUGGAGAAUCUGCAUCUGCGGAUGCAAAGGAUGUUGAGGCUUCAGGAGCAGACGUAUCUGCAUCUACGUCUACUUCUGCGCCUGCACCUGCUAAGAUUUCAAUGUCAUUCGGUGGUGCGCAGAAACCUAAGAAUGUUUUUUCGGCUGCGAAGAAGAAUCCGUUGGCUGGGAAGAAGGGACCUAUGCUGGUACAACCUAAGAAGAUGACUGAGCAAGAAAGAAUUAUGAAGGCAGAGAUGGAAGCUCAAGAACGAAAGAGAUCUCAUCCUGGCUCUGGGGCGAAUCCGAAGCGACCCCGUUUCUCAUGA